AAAUGCGAGAGGGAGGGAGGGAGGUGACGGAGACGAGCAAGGAAAAGGGCAGAGAGAAGAGACGAAACAGGGAGGAGGGGAUUGGGACUCGCCGCCGCCCCCCCUCCAAAUUCCCCCCUCCUCCGCCUCCGGCGGCGUGGAGGAGUGGUCUCCUCUCGUGCUCUCCCCCCAAAACCCUGCGGCCCCCCAAUUCACCGGGUUCCGAGCUCUCGGCGGAGGCUCGGGUGACUUGUGUGCUGGGGCGGAAGAGGCGGAAAGGCAGGGGGGGGGGGGGAUCGGAUCGGCGCGGGGAGGAGGCUGGGGGAGCAUUGGGCGAUGACCGCCGCUUAGGAUGCAGCUUGACACCGCCGGCGGCCGCUGCUUAGCUGCUGCUGCUGGUGACGGCUGACGCCUAUUUGGAGGAGGAGAGUGUUGGCGUGAUCCUAGUGGGAGUUGAGAGCCAGGUGGAUUGGGCUGACGUGGUGGCGGUGGGCACCUGAUCUCCCCGGGGCGGGGGCGGCUGGGUGCUGGGGAGGCGGUUGCGCGUGGCGGAUGGAGGUUUCCGGGAGGGAGGUGGACGCGGCGGGGCCGCCGUGGGGGCCGAGUGAGUCCACGGCGUUCCUUCCGUUCGCUGUGGCGGCCGGCGGCCGGGCGGGGGCGUCGUUGUCCGGUCGACGCAAUGGGCUUGCCGCCCGCUCAAGCAACCUCAGCUCCGUCAGGAAGAGGCCUUUUGUUGCAAGAUUAACCACAGACAUUGUCCAAACUUUUAAAACAUGCAAUCCUGAGUUUAAGUACUCAGAUUCACUGAAUCCCAAGCGCUUCCUCACCAACCCUGCGAUUCCAGUUCACAAUGGUGGCCUUGAUAAUGCAAAUUCUGAUCUCAUCUUGUAUGUCAACCUGGAAUUGGUUAAUACAAAGUCGGGCCGGAGGUAUGUUAUUAAAGAAAUGCUCGGCCAAGGUACUUUCGGACAGGUUGCUAAAUGCUGGGAUGCAGAAACCAAUAGCUAUCUUGCAGUAAAGGUUAUAAAAAAUCAGCCUGCCUUUUAUCAGCAAGCUAUCAUGGAGGUCUCACUAUUGAGCAUGCUAAAUGAGAAAUUUGAUCCUGAUGAUCAACACCACAUUGUCCGGAUGCUUGAUUUUUUUCUCUACCAAAAUCAUUUGUGUAUAGCAUUUGAAAUGCUUGGCCAUAACCUCUAUGAGCUGCUAAAAAGGAAUAGUCUAAGAGGUUUGCAACUGAAAUAUGUCCGAACUUUCUCAAGACAGAUAUUGGAUGCAUUGGUUGUCAUGAAGGAUGCUGGUAUCAUUCAUUGUGAUCUAAAACCAGAAAAUAUUCUCAUAACUCCAAAUGUAAAAACAGCAGCUGGGGUUAAAGUAAUUGAUUUUGGAUCAGCAUGCUUGGAGGGUAAAACCAUUUACUCGUAUAUUCAGAGUCGGUAUUACAGAUCUCCAGAAGUACUUCUUGGUUACCCAUAUACCACAGCCAUUGAUAUGUGGUCAUUUGGCUGCAUAGUUGCCGAACUAUAUAUAGGGUUGCCUUUAUUUCCUGGAGCGUCAGAAUACGAUGUCCUAUGUCGUAUGAUUGAGAUUCUCGGUGGGCAACCACCAGAUAAUCUGCUACGGGAGGCUAAAAACACUGGGAGGUUUUUUCAGCAAGUUGGAAGUAUUUAUCCUGGUAUUGAGGUGCAGAAUGGCCCUAUCAGUGCAUACAGAAUAUUAACUGAAGAGGAGAUUGAAGCGAGGGAGUCCAAAAAACCAAAAGUAGGAAGAUGGUAUUUCCCUCGUGGAAGGCUUGACAAACUCAUAUAUACAUAUCCUUGGAAGAAUUUGAAUGGGGAAAACUUGCCAGAGACAGAAAAUACGGAUUGCUUAGCACUGGUUGAUUUCUUGAGAGGGCUUGUUGAGUUUGACCCUAAUAAGCGGUGGUCCCCGUUGCAGGCUUCAUAUCAUCCCUUCAUAACUGGUGAAGUGUUUACUGGUCCAUAUGAGCCUAUCCAGGAGACCCCAAGAAUUCCUGUUGGUCGUGUUGCAGCAGUUGAUCAUAAUCCUGGAGGAGGUCACUGGCUAGCUGCUGGUCUUUCCCCUCAGGUUGGAAGCGUUAACAGAUGCCUACCAUUUAAUAGCGCUUUUCCACCAAAGAUUCCAUUUUCGUAUGGAAGCAGCUGUGGCAGCUUUGGCAGCCAUGGCAGCUUUAAUGACAAUGUAGGUCUUGCAAGCAGCUAUGGGAGCUAUGAUGUCAACAGUGUUAACAUGCAUCAUUCACCACUAGCCCCUUCUGGAUUCAAUUUACAUUCACAAGCUGGAGGGACAUUUUUGGGAUCUAGUCCAGAUAUCAGACGGCGAUCUUACCUCUCUCAUGGUGGUGGCAUUCGAUUAAGCCCUGGGUGUCCAGGGCCUAUGUCUCUGGGGGCAAGUCCAUCACAAUUUACUCCACCAAAUUCUCAGAUGCAAAUCCCAAGUACUGCUGCAGGAAAGUAUGGUUCCACUUCUCCUGCUAGGAGUGGUCAUGGCUCAUUGGGAAAAGCUGCUGCUGUAGGCCAAUACAAUAGGAGAAGGAAUCUUGGUCACCCACCUAUAUCAAUGCCGUCGCAUGAAUACACAUCUCAGCUGAUCCAGGGACACCAUGGGAAUGGCACCAUUAGCAAUCGCUUUGAUGGCUAUGCUCGAGGACACUCUGGUUACCAACAAAGUGCACUCCCUAAUCCUGGCCAUUUCAGUUGGAGACCACAUACAGGCACUGGCAGUGGUUUAUCAACAGACCCUUCUAACCAUGGGUCGUUUCCACCAUCCCGAUACAAUGGUUUUCCUCCUUUGCACUCAUCCAAUGUAUCAGCAGAUGCACUGGCCUCACCCUCAUCAAUACCGGAUCCAGCUGAUUGGGAUCCAAACUAUAGUGAAGAGUCACUUCUGCAAGAGGAUAGUUCACUAUCAGAUGAGUUGAGCAAUCUUCAUCUGAAGGAUGCAAAUGGUCAAACAAACCAAUCCAGCAGAUUGGCCCAUAUCCAAAGCCAUGCUAUUGCAAACUCGAACUCUUUCUCCAUGAAUCAUAGAAGUGACCACCUGUUCCAUGCACCAACUCUUGGAGAGAGUAGUGCUUCUACCGGCCAUGCGACCUAUGAUGGUUACAACAACACAAACUAUUCUCAGCUGAAUUUUCAAAGUCGUCAUGGACAAUCAUUUCAGCAGUAUAACCAUAUGACCGCCAGCUACCUACGUCCAAUGGGGAAUCGUGGUCCGCCUGUAUGGCCUAAUUAUGGCAUGGCAGAACCUCCACCUGCUACUGUGGUUGACGGAAUGCCUUGGGGAGGAAGGCCUGGCCACUCGUUCGCAACAGGUGCAUUGCCGUCUUCCUUUGCAGGAAAGGAUUUUGGAAGGAUUUUCUAGUCUGGAUCUGGAGAAAUGCCAUUCAAUUGGUUGCAUUAGUAGUUUGUAUUUGCAACUCUUGGUUGCAUUGCUUAUGGGCAGUAGAUUUUGCAGUUUGUCGCAUUCCUCUAAUUGAUGUCCCUUUGCAGCGCCCCGGUUCAUAGAACUGUAUGGUAUGGGUAUGUAACUGUAACACUAUUUUACUUUCUUCCUUUUCUUUUCUUUUUUUUUUUUGGUUUAUUUGUUAUACAUCGAGCGGAGGCCUCUGCCUGCUGCAAAAACCCAGCGGGAAAAAAGAAGUUGAGCAGCCCCCACUUUCAGAA